AUCACUUGUGGGUAUCUGCUUUCCCCAGUUCUCAUUCCAUCAGAGAACGAGUUCUAGCCUCAUGGAGGAAAUGCCUUUGAGAGAAUCAAGUCCUCAAAGGGCAGAGAGGUGCAAGAAGUCAUGGCUCUUGUGCAUAGUGGCUCUGUUACUGAUGUUGCUCUGUUCUUUGGGUACACUGAUCUAUACUUCACUCAAGCCAACUGCCAUCGAGUCCUGCAUGGUUAAGUUUGAACUAUCAUCCUCAAAAUGGCACAUGACAUCUCCCAAACCUCACUGUGUGAAUACGACAUCUGAUGGGAAGCUGAAGAUACUGCAGAGUGGCACAUAUUUAAUCUACGGCCAAGUGAUUCCUGUGGAUAAGAAAUACAUAAAAGACAAUGCCCCCUUCGUAGUACAGAUAUAUAAAAAGAAUGAUGUCCUACAAACUCUAAUGAAUGAUUUUCAAAUCUUGCCUAUAGGAGGGGUUUAUGAACUGCAUGCUGGAGAUAACAUAUAUCUGAAGUUCAACUCUAAAGACCAUAUUCAGAAAACUAACACAUACUGGGGGAUCAUCUUAAUGCCUGAUCUACCAUUCAUCUCUUAGAGAUUGGGUUUGGUCUCCUCAUCUUCUUCUUUGUAUCCCGAGAUGCUGGUGGGUGGGUUGGAGGGGGAUGAUUGAUGGCAAUGCACACAGUUUGUGAGGGCUUACAAAUUGACACAAUCAGAGCCUCUUGGCAUAUAAAAUUUUAGCCCUCAUAUCUGUCUGAAGAGGACUCAGCAAAUGGGCCAAUCCCUAAUGUUGGGUCUGCAAAUGGACUUGUACAAUCCAUGAUAAAAAGGAGUAUGGGCCACAGAAGACAGAAACUCUUCCAAAGAAUGUCUUUCUAACCUUGAUCCCUGGGUAGAAUGAGAUCCUGUUUCCAUGGGAGUCUUACUUGGCUUGCAAAAAAGGGUGUAGGGCAGUAGCUUGGCCUUUUUUCCAUCAUAAUUUCCUUGAGCUGUUUUACCUUAAUCCCUCCAAACUCUCACCUUCUGAGAGCCUCCUAAUGAAACAUUGUUAGACUGGUGGGGUGGCCAAGACAUGCCAACAACACCCUUCUUUAGAGGUGGUGUUUUUAGAGGACAGAGAACAUUAUGAAGCCUAGAGCAGCAGAGGUCAAGAUGCCACGAAAUGGAAUUGAUCUGGGAAUUUUUUUUUUUUUUCAUUCUCAGGAUGCAGGUUCAUUCUGAACUUUCCCCUAGGCCUUCAUUGCUUUUGUGUGUAUGUGUGCAUAAAUUCUGCAAAUAGAAAAAUGAGAGUUUGCACCAGUACUCACUAGAUUUAACACCAGAAAGUGGUACUUUUCUGGCUGUAUUAUGCCAUGAUAGCACAUUUUCUGUUGGUGUUCCCUAACUGACAAGUAUAACAGUUUUCCUAAACCACACAACAAUGCUAUGAUGUUAAUGGGGUAGAUAUUUUUGGAAAAAAAUUGCACAGUGAGAACAUGGGUAGAUGAACCCUAAGACUCUUACCUCAAUUCAGAACUCGCAAGGAGUUAAGUGAGUGGGGUCUUCAUUAGACCAUUCACAUGGUCUCUGCUUUGAAACUGGCGUUGCUACUGUCUCAUUAUACAUCACUAAAAUGGAAUUAACUCAACUUUGAAAUGGAUGCAUCGACUUUACCCCAAGGUGUCCAGAAUGAAGCUACAAGACUUUUACCAGCAGUCAUUUUCCUUUUGCCUGGAGCAAGAAGAUCCAGGAUACUGUUGGAAGAGUUCAUCUCACUCAACCAUGCUGACUUUCCAAAGUAAUAAUGAACAUUUGUGUUCAAAUUUUGGAUUCUGUUAAAUUUAGCCAGCUUGUGAGUUCUUGUCGAAAAGUAUUUUAAACCAAUUUACACUAUUUAUGGGUAUUUGUGAAAAGCUAUAUAGUGAUAUUUUAUAUAUAACUAAUUUAAAAUAUUUUUAUUUUAUGUAACAAAAAUACUAUAGGCUAAGCUAUUUCUUCUUAUUUUUUUAUGAAUACUUGCUGAAUUGCCAUAGGGCACAAAGACUCUUCUGUUUGCAUAUCUUCUCAGGAAAUUAAAAUUGUAUCACAUGUAUUUAUAAGAAUCUGUUAGUGUUGUUAUUUGUUGUGUUGUAAGCACCACUGUUGGGAUAGGCUACCACUACUUCAUAGGAACCAAUUACUUAAUUUUUAGGAAUUUUGUAGUUUGAGAAUUUUUAUACUAUGGAGAUUGGCAAACAUUACAAACCAGAACAUUUCUUUCGGAAAACUGGCUCACUAGGACACCAUUCUUCGUAAAAGUUCCUCUCCCUCUCCCUUUCCCUCUCCCUCUCUCCCUGUCCCUGUCCCUGUCCCCGUCCCCGUCCACAUCCACGUCCCCGUCCCCGUCCCCCUCCCCCUCUCCCUCCCCCUCCCUCUCCUCCCUCUCCUCCCUCUCCCUUCCUCUCCCUCCCCCCUCCCCCUCCCUAUUCCUCUCCCUCUCCCUCCCUCCCCUCCCUCCUCCUCCCACCCUCUCUGUGUAUGUGUUAUGUUGUUUGUAUGUAUUGCAUGCAAUUAUUUAGGUGUGCACAUGUAUGUGUUGUGCGAGAGCCUGUGCAAGUGUGUAUGUGCUUGUGGGUGUGGCACUGAGUGUCUUCCUUAGUUCCUCUACCCCUUAAUCUUUGAGACGUGGUGAUCUCUCCCUGAACCCAGAGUUCAUCUAUUUGGCUUGGCCUGCCCACCAUUUGGCUCUAAGGAUCUAGCUAUUGCUGCUCACCAGCCACAGUUCUCAGAUUACAGGUGUGUGCCGCUAUGCCUGGAUAUCACAUGGAUUUUGGAGAUCUAAACUUAGGUCCUUAUACUUACAUAGCAGGCAUGCUAUCCACAGAGUUAUUUCUGGAACUUAAUGAUGUCAUUCUGUCCCUGUCUUAUUCUUAGGACAAUCAAGGCAGAUAGAAAACGAAAAAAAUGAUAUUGCCACAUACCCAGCAAAGGCCCAACAGAAUUGUGAUUUUUUUUUAAGUACCAGUGGGAUUCAGACAGAGGGAUAGCUAGCAACAUAUAGCAUCUGAAUUUCUUCCAAUGUUAUCAUUUCAGCUUUUGCGUUCAAUGUAUACUCAACUCUUUUUCUCUAUUUUAAAACUACAAUAAAAUAUGUAUUUAUAAUUGUA